UUUUCAUCCACUUUAGCAAAGAGCGUCGGUUGCUUUAGAGACACAGGCCGACGAGCAAUACAAACACUGGAAGGAAAAAGUCGCUUGUUAAGAGGAGGCUAUCGAAGAAGACGUCAUGCAAUUGAGAAAUGUGCUCUAGCCGCAAUCCGACGAGGUUGGAGAGUGUUUGCGGUGCAACAUCAAGGAUGGUGUGCGUCCUCAAGAACAGCUCAUUUGACGUACAGAAAAUAUGGUACAUCUAACCGAUGUAGAAACGGAAAAGGGGGGCCUUGGGCCAAUGAUGUCUAUGUUUUGAGAGGUAAAUACUAUGAUUUAUAUUAA